CCAAGCCCACAGGACGUGCAGUCAGUCUGCUGCUAAGUCUCUGGAGUUAGCUAGACAGCUAGCCAUGAGCUAACAAGUAGCUAGCUGAGUCUUCUCAUCUUGCCACCAUAACUCAACCUCCGCCAAACGUCGUGCUAAGGUGAACACUAUUUAAUUUCCCGGCAUUAUCAUUUGGCCCCUGGUUGCAGCUGGAUUUUACGGUCUUCAUUUCACAAUCCUUCCUUCCACCUCCAGCUCAGCCUUGAACUUUCUACCUUUGACACUCAGAUCUCCUGGUACACAGAGCCAUGGCAGCUGCUAAGCCGAAAGGGCAGAACUCUCUAGCCCUUCACAAAGUGAUCAUGGUGGGCAGUGGAGGAGUGGGGAAAUCAGCCCUCACACUCCAGUUCAUGUAUGAUGAGUUUGUUGAAGACUACGAGCCCACCAAAGCAGACAGCUACAGGAAGAAAGUGGUGCUGGACGGAGAGGAGGUACAGAUUGACAUCCUCGACACAGCUGGACAAGAGGACUAUGCAGCCAUCCGAGAUAACUACUUUCGCAGCGGCGAGGGUUUCCUCUGUGUAUUUUCCAUCACAGAACUGGAAUCAUUUGCAGCAACAGUAGACUUCAGAGAGCAGAUCCUGCGAGUGAAGGAGGAUGAGAAUGUGCCCUUUCUCUUGGUUGGUAACAAGUCAGAUUUGGACGACCGACGGCAGGUGAGCGCAGAUGAGGCGAAGGCACGUGCCGAGCAGUGGGGCGUGUGCUAUGUGGAGACUUCUGCCAAAACCCGUGCCAAUGUUGACAAGGUGUUCUUUGACCUGAUGAGAGAGAUCCGGGCGAGGAAAAUGGAGGACAGCAAAGAGAAGAACGGGAAGAAGAAAAGUAAAAGUUUGGCCAAGAGAAUUAGAGAGAGAUGCUGUAUUUUAUAGUGUUAAAGGAGAAGCAGGAUAGCUGCUUAUGUACAUAUACAUUUCUCAGACUUUUGCAUUUAUUUUGUGCCCGUACCUGACCAUGACUUUCUGUUCCUGGCUUCCAGGACAUCUGACCAUGUGUCAGGGAGUAGUAAGGUGGCACUCCAUACACCAUUUAUAGCUCUAACUUUUUAUGUGCUGACACUCCAAAUAAUUUAUGUACUCUCUCUCUCUUCUCUUACUCUGACCACAUUACAGAGUGUAAUAAAUGGAUGGUGUUUAAUUUAGGCCUAAGCUUGACGAGAGGCUAAGCCCUGAAAUGUUACAAAAGUUUUCAUUGUAAAGUUUGAUGUGUAUAAUAUAUUCAAGACAGCUGUGCAGUUGAAGAGAAAAGAUGAAAAUGACAGUGUCAGAGCCAAGUUUUAAACGGGGGGGAAGUUGUAACUGGAGCUUGGGUAGGAAGUGGAAGUGAGCAGACUCAGCAGUAUAGUGUCAACCCAGAAUUCAUCAAGUGCCACAGAGGAAAUGUUCGUCGCACUGGUGAAUCUGUGAAGCAUUUUAAUCGAAGGAAUCGUUACUAAGAGCCGAAAAUUUGAUGCCAUUCCUAGUUGUUGUUUUACACCUCAGUUUUACUACGUGGUAAGGUUAUGAACACUUAUUUUUAUCUGUGAAGUCAAACUUUUUUCUCUCUUCUUUUCUUCCUCGUCCUCUAUCAUAUCAACCAGUGUAAGAUAAGCGCACUAAUGUUUCUUUCCCCUCCGCGUCACUUUGUCGAGUCCUCUCUAAUGCACAAACAUUAAUCAUUACCCUUAAAUCUGCGAGGGAUUUUACAACACUUGAACCUUUUUCAAUUCUAACAUUUCAGAAGUUUUACCUCACAUUGCCUUUUUUUUUUGCGAUAAAGGAAUCCCUGGUGCUCUGAUAAAAAGGCGAUUCCAUAACACUACGUCCUUUACAGUACAUGCUGUUUUUAAACACUUAAAGCUGAUAAAAUAAAUUGCUUCCAGUCAUGUAAAGAUUUAUUUAGCCUAUUUGCUUUUCUUGGCUCAGACUUUUAAUCACCAACCUUGUAGUCCCCUCUUUUUUUUUUUUAAACUGAAAUGUAUUUCUUAAUAGGGGCUCAAGUGGGAAUAAACUAAUGGGUAGAUGAAUUUCAAGGCUUAAAAUAUCAAAAAUGAAUGAUAGUAGUGAGGUUGUUCCUGUCCAAAAAAAGUUGCUCUCAGUCACCAAAGAAAAACGCUAGCUAGUACAAACAAGUGCCCACUUAUUAAUGGAGGUGAAUGACAACUUGCUACAGUGAGCAGUGUUUGUGUAAGAAAUAUCUUUGUAAAAGUGAUGGAGGCAAAUGUUGAAGUUGGAGAAUUUCAUUGUGAAUGGCCUGGGGGAGAAAUGCAAAGCUAACGAGGGAUUUAGUAAUUCAUGUACAGUGCAUCACUGUUGCCUCUCUGUCCAUUGUGAAUGUGAAUACUCCCCCCGUACCCUUCCUGUUUGCCUGUAAUCUUAGCCUGCCAAUGAUGUGCAGAGUUUAGAGGUCAUUGGCGUUUCUACUUUGUUUACCUUUGUUGCAUUUUGUGUAAGGCUAUUUAGCUGUAGUGACAUCUUACUGAAACACCUGAUUUGUUCAUUUCCUCUUGCUCAUGUAGUGACAAUUUUACAGGCAAGUGAUUGAAGCAGUGUAAAAAAUUUGGCACAUUGAGAACAUGAUCAACAGCUAAAUUGCAUAGACCAAAACACACUGUGAAAUCUGCCCCUCUAUUCUCUUUACGACUGAGCCACUCUUUUAUAUUUCUUUUAACUUAUUUAAAAUAACUUAUUUUAUAUUUUUAAGUUGUUUUCAAAGUCGCCAUCCAGAGGUUGUUGCCACACUUCACUCUCUCUGAUCCAGUUUAAACUGUAGAUGUGUGCGUUGCCAACAGCAACAGCUCACCAUUUACAUUAAAAUAUUUCCUCAACCAAUAGGAUGCCUAACACUGGAGUCUAUGCAAAAUAGUGAUUGUUGUAAUUGCAAAGAGGAAGAGAAUAUGAAAUCUGGAAACUAUUCAAAACAGUGUCACUGAGUGCACUCGAAGCAUUUAGGCUUGAAUGCUGUUCAGAGAUGUGACCACAGCUCAGAAAACCUGAACCCAAAGGCCCCAUCUACAUGUUUACAGAUACUUUUCAAAAACUGAUAUUUAGUGGAGAUUGGAUAAAAUAGUUGUUUGUGGCGGACUUUAAACCAUUGACAAAAAAUGUUGACAAAACAUUUGGUGUAGCGGAGGCCUCUGUUUGUCUAUGAAGUGGUGCAGCAACUUUAAGCAGGUUUAAGUGUAAAGAAGCCAUGAAACUAAGCAGUGCAAACAAAAUGUAAGCAAAUCGAUAGUCCGACAUUAUUGUUGUUGUUUCUAGUGUUUGCUCUGUAUACAAAGCGAUGAUGUGCAUGCACAAAUUGAGGAGAUGAUGUCAUCUUUUCCAAAACGCUCCAUUUUUAUAAAUGUUGCUUUUAUGAUAAAUUUGACUGAAUAUUAUUCGUGUGAGGGGAUUGACAAGUUCUGUGUAAAUGGGUAAUCUGUAAAUAUAAAACAACUUCCACAAGUACAAAAAAAAAUUUGUAAACUCACAAAAUAUAACAGCUGCAAAUAUACGAAUGACUCUGUGCAUAAAACGCAAAUCUGCAAGUGUAGAAUUGAGAUUCACAAAUAAAGACUGGAUUUACAAAUUUAUGCUAGAAGUUGUAAAUGUUAGCAAGAUAUUCACAAAUGCUUUUCAUUUUUUGUAAAUUAAGUAUAUUCACAUUUUUUUUUUACGUGUGUAAUUUGUAUUUGCAAAUCUGUUUUAUUUUUGCAAAAGUUUUUGGAGUUUACAAAUAUUUUUUGUGUUUGUGGAAGGUGUUUUAUAUUUACAGAUUACACGUUAAAACGCGGAUUGUCGACCCUUUAACAAAAAAAAUUUAUGACUUUUUGUUUUUUCAGGUUAACUGAAAAUGGAGUUUCAAAAAUUCUGCACCUUGGAUGGUAAAAAAUGUUAUUUUAAGUGACCUAAAACUUUGCGUGUUGACAAGAGGUCAAAAUGUAGAGAAAAAUACACGUUUUAAAAAAUAUCUGUAUACAUGUAGACGGGGCCAACACUUGUAAACUGUUUUUCUAUUUGAAAACACUUGUCUCAUUGAUUCCCUGAGUUAAUACAUACACACUGAGGAAUUGCUGGCUUUGAUUACAGGCUUUGUUUGUCACAUUUCAGUGUGUAACUUGUACAAACAGACAGUAAUGCAAAAGAAUGUGCGUGGUAUUUCCUGUUAACUGAAAAGCACACAGUAGUAGAGAGUUAAAGAUAUGUGACUCAAACCCAAAAUGUGGGGAUCUCAUUGCAUCGGAAUGCUUAUAAAGUAGUUUGGGAUAAUCUGUUUUAAGGGCUAACCUCCAGUACACCAUACCAUGACAGAAACAUAACUGAGUUAGUGCGAGUUAAAGCAGCAGGCGCAGAAACUGACAUAUAGUGCAAGAAUCACAGUCUGUUAUGGCAUACCUUCCUUAGCUUACGGCCAUUACAUUACCUGCUGUGUGUGUGUCUUCAUCCUUCAUCAUGGAGGAUUGCAGAAGCUACUAAAGUAACCACCAUAGUGCUUGCUUACUCUAACAUUGGCUUAACACUCAUAAUACUUUUCUCGUCAUCUUAAUAGACUUGAUGGCCCAAAUAUUUUCAGCAGGAUUCAAGGGGUGAAACUAAAACAGAUAUUUGUGUGAAAGCUACGAGCAAACUGUCCUACUGGGUAUUCAAAUGACUCGUUUUGCCUUUUAUAUAAAUACCCUCGGAAUAAAGAAUAGAUAUCUUUGUCUUGGAUUGGAUGGUCGUAUGUAUGCCAUCAGUUAAAUGUUUCCUUCAUGUUUACUUAUUUUGAACAUAACCACUAAUGUAGCCUAUCUGUUUGUGAAUGCAAGAGGUGAAGCUUACAUUUCAAUUCAUUUUUUUGUGAGUUAUUUGGAAAUGGCAAAUAAAGUGGAUAUUACUAAUAAUA